GGCGGGCAUGCAGUGCCCUGGCAGCUGCCUUCCCGCCGACUCCCCCAUCCCCUUCCGUCCUCCGGGACACUCUUGGCCAUCUGCGGGCUGCCACUUCUUCUUGUCCCCUAAUGGUCGCACAGACGGUGGUAUUCACCGGUCUGUUGAUGGAUGUGACGGGCUGGGCCCUUUUCCAUCCAGAAAGGCCCCAGGGAGCACAGGGCCAGCCCGUGACUCUUGGCCUCAGCGCCCCUGCAGGGGUCCCGAGGAUUUCCCACCCUCUGUGGGAGCCUCCCCUUGUGGUUGCUCUAACUCUGCUUAGCAUAUUCCACGGGGAAGGCUAUCGGGAAGGCUAUGAAGAGGGCAGUAAUUUGGGAAUAAGUGAAGGAAGGCAUUGUGGCACAUUACAUGGAGCCAAAAUUGGAUCUGAGAUUGGCUGCUACCGGGGUUUUGCUCUUGCGUGGAAGUGUCUCCUGCACAGUGGCACCGAGGAGAAAGACAGCAGAAAGAUGAAGGUGCUGGAGACCCUGAUCGGGCUGCUGCAGGACUUCCCCUAUGACGACCCAACUUACAAGGGGCUUCACGAGGACCUGGACAGAAUCCGAGGGAAAUUCAGACAGCUGUGCUCCCUCCUCAACGUGCAGCCGGACUUCAAGAUCGCUGCGGCAGGGCCUGCCAUCAGCUUCUAGUCACUGUGAGGCUUCGAAUUGAGUGUUGGGAAUGCGAUUAAAGGCAAUCAGAGCUC